UAGACCAUAUUGUAACAGACAGCUAUUGUUGCGUCAGCUUCACACGUAAAACACAUGACGAAUAGCAGAAUAAGAACGUUAGCCGAGCUCUUUGUUUUCCUGUGAAAGUACUGUAUGUGUGAGUUCCAGCAGUUCUGGUCCACCUGAGUCUCUGUGUGACAGGAUAAACCUGUCUGAAUGGACUUUGUGGACUUUGCAUUCACGGUAGCCUCCAAAGCUAUUUAAGUUAGCUUAGCCUGCUAGCUGGAAACCGGGAGUUAACAACACAGCGCUAUUCAGAGUGAUAGUUUGACAGAGAGAAAACGGAGUGUGCUUGGAGGAAAAGUUGCUGUUAUUGAGUAAACAUGUGUAAAGUUCAAAUGCUGAGAGCGUUGGUGAAGCAGCGGCUCAAUGCGGCUGUUGAAGAGAUAUUUGUUCUGUUUGAAAGAACGAUAGCAGAGUACGAGGAGGAACUGUCUCGUGCGAAAGUAGUGCACGAGCGACACCGGAAACUACUGGACGCUGUGUUUCAGCCUCAGAUUCGGCUACACAGAGCAGAUGUCCAGCAGCUGUUGGUGGUUAAAGAAAAAGUUCCCCCUGAGCAGGAGUGGAGCUCCUGUGUGGACCAGGAAGACCAAGAGCCCGCCCCAAACAUUAAAGAGGAACAGGAGGAACUCUGGAGCAGUCAGGAGGGAGAGCAGCUUCAAGGGCUGAAGGAGGCUGAUAUAACAUUGACUCUUGUCCCUGUGAAAAGUGAAGAUGAUGAAGAGAAAUCUUUAGAUCUUCAUCGAAGACAAACUGAACAUAUGGAAACAGCAGCUGAUGGAGAAGACUGUGGAGGACCAGAACCAGCCAGCAACUCAGAUCCAGAUAGACAAGACUGUGGAGGACCAGAACCAGCCAGCAACUCGGAUCCAGAUAGACAUUUACAAUCCGAUACUGAGGACAGCACUGGCGACUCUUCUGAACUUGACACUGAAGACAGUGCUGAUUGGAAUGAAAGCAGAAAACCUCAGUCAGGUUCAAACUCUCUGAAAAAGGAUAGAGGUUCUGUCAAUGACUCAAGAAGUAGUGCUGAAGAGAAACCAUUUCUCUGCUCUGAGUGUGGGAAAAGAUUUGGCCACAGGACAAAUCUGAGGAACCACAUGAUGACUCAUACAGGAGAGAAACCAUUCAGUUGCUUAGUUUGUAAGAAAUCUUUUACACUGAAUUACAGGUUACAACACCACAUGAGAAUCCACACAGGAGAGAAACCUUACAGCUGCUUAGUUUGUAAGAAAACUUUUAGACUAAAUGGUAAUUUAUACACCCACAUGAAAAUCCACAAAGCGAAUGAUCAAGUCUCUGCCAGUGGUUCAAGGUGUAGUGCUGUUGAGCAGCCAUUUGCUUGUCUCGUGUGUAAGAAAAGUUUUGGGAGCAAGAAAAGCAUGCAGAGACACUUGAUAACUCACACAGGAGUAAAAACAUUCAGCUGCUCAGUUUGUGACAAACGUUUUUCACAAAAAGGAGAUCUGAAUAUACACGUGAAAACUCACACAGGAGAGAAACCUUUCAGCUGCUCAGUUUGUGACAAAAGCUUUUUGCGAAAGGCACACCUUAAACGACAUGCGAUGACUCAUACUGGAGAAACACCAUUUAGCUGCCCAGUCUGCAAGAAAUCCUUUACGCGGAGUGAAUAUAUAAAGGAACACAUGAAUACCCACACGGGAGAAAAACCAUUCAGCUGUUCAGUGUGUAGGAAAUCUUUUAAGCUGAGCAGUAAUCUACUGAAACAUGCAAGAAUCCACACAGGAAAGAAACCUUUCAGUUGCUCUGUUUGUAAGAAAUCUUUUAUAUUGGGUGAUAUUUUAAAAAGACACAUGAGAACUCACACAGGGGAGAAACCAUUCAAAUGCUAUGUUUGUAAUAAAACAUUCGCCUGGGCUCAUCAGGUAAAAAAACAUAAAUGUGAUGGUCCUCAAUCCUCACAGCUUAAUCAGAUUUAGGUUGCAGUCGAAUAGUCAGUUUAGCUUAGGAACCUUCCUAACGGAGUGAACUGACCCGGAAGUACCUCAGUGGC